UCCCGGAUAAAAACCACAAAAAAAAAAAGCAGAAUUAUUUAGAAAAAAACAAAUCUCCGAAGAAGUUAAAAAUUAAGCGCACAAUUCACAAUUGGGUUGGAACUUGGAAGGAAGCAAAAUCAAAUGGAGAAAGUCGAACAGCCACCACAAAACUGGAGCGAAGCCGCGGAGGACCUCGCCGCCGCCGGAGACACCGACGGCGCCAUCGCUUUCAUCGAAUCGGUGAUCUCAAAUCUUGAGCUCCAAACCCUAAAAGACCCUUCCGAUUCCAUCGUCACGCAGCUCCAAUUGGCCUCCGCUCUCACCGAAUUGGCCACACUUUACUCAUCCAAGGGUUUCUCCCUCAAAGCCGAUGAACUUAGAACCCGCGCUUCUCUCAUCAAACAAACGCAACAAAAGUACCUUCUUUGGCUUAAUGAGAAGCAUGCGGAAUUGCCUGCUGAGACUUCCCCUCACAAUGAUUCUUCAGACGAUGAUUGGGAAGCAAUGGCAGAUCGAGAGCCUGAUGAGUUACUGCCCACAGUAUCCUCAGAUUGUAUAGUUGGAGUAUCAAAUCUUAAGUUGGAGAACUCUAAGAGUCCAGCCCCAAAGCGGCGUGGAAGAGGAACAUUUUCUUAUGAAAAACAUGAACUUUAUAGUGAUCAAUUACGUGAUAGCUCAGUCGACGAUGUUGAGGAUGAAGGGAGUCACUGUAGUUCAGAAGAUAAAAAAGUUGUACAGAACGCAAAAUACGGGACUGCACAUGUUCUUGUUUUGGCUGACUUUCCACCAAGUACAAGGACAAUCGAACUGGAGAGGCUUUUUGAGGACUUCAAAGAUCGUGGAUUUGUGAUUCGCUGGGUUAAUGAUACAGUUGCUCUUGCAGUAUUCCAAACACCUUCAGUUGCACUUGAGGCUCGAAAAAGUAUUCGUUGUCCAUUCAAUGUAAGGAUACUUAGUGAAGAUGAUACACUCCUUGGUUCAAUUAAAACUAAAGACUUGGAACCACCACGGCAACGACCAAAAACAUCUGCCCAAGCAGCACAGCGGCUGAUUGCUCAUGGCAUGGGAUUAAAGUUACCGUCGGUAGGAUCUGGGUCCAGAGAACACAGAAAGCAAGAGGAUGCCAGGAGGGACCGCAUUGUUACCAGGCAAAAGUUGAGGGACGAGGCUUGGGGAGAUGACUAGUAUCUUCCACAUAAUGGAAAAAUGGUUAUUGUUUUGUACAACCUGGUUUUUUUUUUUUUGGUUGUCUACGGUAUCUUCCAAUCCGACAGGUCAAGGACUAAUCCAUUGCGGAUUGGAGCUCCAUUUAAGGAUCUGCCGCUGGCCAAUGGGUUACUGCACGCACAAAACGGGAUUCGAACCCCCGACACUUGCUUAAGCGGACGAGUAAGCUGACCACUCGACCUGGUUCCUUGAUAAACUAUUUUUUUCACUACAGAAUGGGCUUGCGCCUUUGUUUGUGGUGCCUGUUUAGAUAUCUAUUAUUGAUUGAUAAAUAAAAUAUUUAUAAAUAAAAAAAAUUCUAGACUUUUCUUCAA